AGGAUUGCAAUCCGGUUACAGGUGGCACAUCCAACAUGCUGGGCACCCUUGCUUGGUCGAACUGUCCCUGCUUGUAAGCAUUGCAGCUUCGGUCGAGCACAAAACAAGACAAGGCAACUCCAAGUGUCAUGAGCAUAUCGUGUUUAACUCUGCAUGACACGAGGAACGUGCUUAUGGGUCCUGAAUAGAAGCCUUGGCUUUUGGCGCGAAUAGAUCACCUUCUGCGCAUAGAACAUGACGACCCACAAAGCCGCUUUAACUGAGGAAUACGUCAUGGGCGACGCGGCGGUCGAAGGCGUGAUAAACCUCCUCGACGCAGUCACCACGGCGGAUGAUGGGGCACAGAGGGCUUUCUUCGCUGCCCUGCCGACUCCUAUCAAGCACUCUUUGCGUCUGGUGUCGAAAUCCAUGAGGACUUUUGUCAACUCCCACGUCUACAAGGUCCGCAUUAGCGUGGACAUGAGCAGCAGCACUUGGGAGCGCACGCUGGAGGGGUUGUCCGGCCUGCACGAGCGCUUCCCUCGCGUCGCCACCGUCGACCUCACCAUCGGCGCCGAUGCCGCCGGCCCCGCGGCCCUAUGGGACGCGCUACGCGGUCUCGGCGCUGCUGGCGCCUUCAAUCACGUCCGGCAACUGCGCCUCACCAGCAUCGGCAUCCGCCGCGCGCGCCCCAAGCCGCAGCCGCGCGCCGCGAAGGACAGCGGCGCUGUCGGAGGUAGCGGCAGCCGGCACCGGCGCCGCCGCCGCCGCAUCCGGUGCGCCUACGACUAUGACGAUGACGGAUAUGACAUGUACGACGAUGACGGUUCGGAAAAUUACAUGUCAGAUGACGAGUACUCGGACGGCCGCAGCUACUCGCUUGAGGAUGACAGCUACUACGGCGAUGAGGAGUCGUUGUAUUCGCGCAGCUUCAGUCUAGACGGCUUCCACUUCGACCGGUACGGCUGGGACGCGGAGCAGGGCAUGCACGUGCAAGAGCUGCCGGAGUUCGUGCGCAGCCCGCUGCUGCUGGACGAGCAGUCGGCCGCCGCCAUUGUUGCCGCGUGGCCGUCUCUCACAGACUUGGAGUUGGCUGGCAGCUGGGAGCUGGAAGGAGCGACGGAGGUUUACCAGAAGCUGGCGUGUGCGGGUGGCCAUGACGGAAAGCCUGGUGCAGCCGGCGCCUACUCGGGGCCGCCUGGGGGCGCGCUGCGGCGGCUGAGCCUGCCGCUACGCCUGUAUCACGACCGCGCCAUACGGCUGCUGAGCGAACUGACGCACCUCACCCUCAGCGCAGCCGGGGACCACGACUCAGCUGACUUUGAGGAGCCCUUUGAACCCGGGCCCAGCGCUGGCUCAGACAGCGAGGACGACGCGGCUGGCCCCGAAGGGGCCGGCGCGCCGGGGCAGGGUGGAGCCGCUGCUGCUGGUGACGACGGCAGGGAGCAAGAGCGGCUGGCGUUGGAGGAGAUGUUGGCCGAGGUGGCCCUGGACGGCGAUGAGGACAUCCAGGACAUGCUGGAUAACCCGAUGGAGUACGGCCUGUCGCUAGAUGAGGUGAUGGUGCUGGGGGCGGCGCGGGCGGAGGCAAUCAUGGAGGAGGCCCUGCGCCGGGGGCUGGCGGGGCCGGAGGCGGCAGCAGCCAUGGAAGGCCGCAGCACGCGCAGCGCGGGGCGGCUGUGCAACCGGGAUGGCCGGCGCAAGCUGGCGGGGCUGGCGCGGCUGAAGGCGCUGCGCGAGGUCACGCUGAGCGGCCUGUCGCGGCACCUGCUGCCGGCGGCGCGCACGCCGCGCGAGCUGUUGGAGGCACUGCCCAGGCAGGUGGAAGUGGUGCGGGUGCGCAACCGGGACUGGAAGGUGCAGAGCCUGGCCGCGCAGGAGCUGCCGCAGUGGUCGCGGCAUGGCGCCGGCAUGGGCGGAUUCAACAUGUUUGGCGGCCGCAGCGAUCUGCCGCAGCAGCUGCGCGAGGAGCUGGUGCUGGAUGUGGCCUCGGCCUCGGUGACGCUGGGCGGCAAGGUCAGCUCGCUGGUGGAUCUGGCGGAGCUGGUGCACGCGCUGGUGGGCGACGCCGUUGAUGGCCCCGUGCGGCACGUGCGUGUGCCGGAGCUGAACCUUGCGCCACCGCGCAUGAUCCGCGAGCCGCGCGAGUUCCGGCUGUUUGGGCCGAUUGGCAACGUCGGCGGCGCGCCCCUGCAGGAGCGGCUGCCGCCGCAGAUCACGGCUGCGGCGCGAUACCUGUCCGGCUUCGCAGCGGCGGGCGGGCGGCUGGAGGUGGAGCUGGCGGUGGCGGGGUUCAAGGCGGCGCCGGCGCUGCUGGCGUGGCUGCGAGAGGGCGCGCCGCUGCCGCGGCGGCUGGUGCUGCACGCACAUGGCAGCAAUGACGGCGGUCGCUACAUGGGCUUUGUGGAGUCGCUAGGGCGCACGCUGGCCCCGGACUACGUACCGCAGCAGCUGUGCCUGUCGGGCUACGUGCCCAGCCCAGCCGCGCUGGAGGCAGCGCUGCAGCCCUUCCCGCCGCUGCCCUGCCUGGUGGCGCAGGUGCACCUGGAGAUGCGCGGUGGCGGCGCGGACGUAGCGGCAGCAGCAGGCGGCAGAGGCACCGGGGCCGGGGGCGGAGGCGGGCGAGGGCGCGGGGGCCGGUACAGCAAUCCGUGCGGCGGGCGAGGCGGGCGCGGAGGGGGCAUUGCGGGUGCCGGGGAGCGGCAGCAGGCGGCCGCGCCGCCCAAGGAACCGGUUCCGGAGGAGUAUGCGGCGGUUCUGCGGGCGGUGGCGAAGAAGGUGCGGCCGAUGGCGGCUGCGGCUGCUGGGACCGGGGCUGGCAAUUCGGGAGGCAGGGCUGUGGCGGCCGACGGUGCCACAGCUGCCAGUGGAGCCGGCGGGUGGUGUGCCGUGCCGUGCCGGCUGCUGCCUGGGUUCCAGAAGGCGAUGCUGGAGGCGUUGGGGCGAGAGACGGAGGUGGACGGGGCAGCAGGGUCUGGGGGCGCUCCAGGUGCAGCGGUCAGCGGUGAUGGGGCGGCAGACUGCAUGGACGCAGCAGGCGGCGCGAUGUGGGUGCAGGUGGCAGAGGCCAAAGCCGGCAAGCGCUGGGUAUGCGCGGCCAGCAGUGCUGAAGGCCUCAGGGCCGCACGACGGCUUAUCAGCAGUUUUACGCAAUAGCAGUGGCUAGGGUUCGACGCAAAAUUGUUGUUGGUGCUUGCUGCGUGUUCUGGUUGUUCACCCGUUGUCGAGUGUUGGUUGCUUGGCCGUGAAGGUGAUGGGACAGGGUAAGGGGCAGGGUUGCUUGGCGCGGCGUUGAGGUUCGAGGAUGAGGAAUUGGGGAUUGUGUUGAGUUUUACGUCUAGCCAUAUAGAAGCCAACUUGAGCCGUUGAGUGUUGAUGAGGCCGUUUGAGCUUGUCACCAACUGCAGAAACUACCGGGCUUGCAUAAAUUACGGCAGUCACAGUGCGCUUGCGGUGGACAUCAGUUUAGUAACAACA